AUGUAUAAAGACCAGAGCAAUAUAGCGUACCACUCCCAAGACAAAGCACUUCGCUUACUUCUUGCAACUACCAGCACUACACAAGUAAGUACUGGGGUUAGGGUUAGAGUUAGGGUCAAGGGCGAUACCUUGACAGUUCCUGUUCCACCAGAACCCAAGCCAGAACCGCCCAGAUCUCCAGUCGAUCCCAACCCAGAAGAAGAUCCCACUGACAGACACCCAAACAACCCAGAAGACAAUAACCCGGAACCCAGUAAUCAAGAAGACAAAGGAGACAUGUCUGACAACAACAGCGGAGCAGUAAACAAACCUAAUCAAUUUGAAGGAGAUAAAGGAAAGAGCAAGGAAUUUCUGGACAAAUUAUACCUGUACUUUGCUGGAAAUUCCAAGAAGAUCCAGACCGAUAAAGAUAAGGUUCAAUACGCUCUUUCAUAUAUCAAGAGACCUGCCUAA